UUCCUCUUCCCCGCUCCCAGCAAAAAUCAGCAACCAGAUGGCAAGUUCUGCUUCUUUGGAGACAGUCAUGUCCUGCGGGCGGACCGGACCGUCCGCGGCUCCGAAAUCUCUGGCCUUCUCCAUCGACCGGAUCAUGUCUAAGAACUCGGAGCCGAUCGGGAGCGGCGAGGAGCGGGCUGAGGGCAGGAGGCUGCUGGGGCUCUGCUCCCCGAUCCCCUGCAUGAUUCCUCUGCAGCCCUUCAGCUACGACCUCCAGGCCAAGGCGCUGAUGAACUACUCCGAGCUGUGGAGGGCCAGUUUCAGGGGAACUUUCUGCAGCUCCGCCGCCGCUCCGUGCAGCAAAGGCAGCUGCGGCAUGUGCGGCAAAGCGGAGCUGAAGCAGCCGCUGCUGUCCUCCUCCUCCUCCUCCUCCUCCUCCUCCUCCUCCGGGACCAGGCUAGUCAAGCCACAGGUCAUCCACCAGGCCGUGGCCGUGCCCAGCGGAGGCUCGCUCUACUAUCUCAACUACCUGGACUCUGCUGCGUACCAGCAGUCGGAGCUGCUGGCCGGACAGUGGUUCUCCAGCCCGCAGGCCCAGGCCUCCCUGUCCGCGCACCACCGCCUGCUGCUGCUGGAGAAUGCCAAGCUGGCCGCCGACAAGCUGCCCACACCUCAGUACCCCCACAAGGAGCAUCUUCCGGGGCAGCUGGACCAGAUCGUGAAGGACAGCCACGGCCUCGCGGCGGAGAAAAACGGCGUCAAAACGCACAGCAAGCUGAACGGCGGCGGCGGCGGCGGCGCGGACGGAAAGCCCAAAAACUUCACCUGUGAAGUGUGUGGGAAGGUUUUCAACGCGCACUACAACCUGACGCGGCACAUGCCGGUGCACACCGGCGCGCGGCCCUUCGUCUGCAAAGUGUGCGGGAAAGGCUUCCGCCAGGCCAGCACGCUGUGCAGGCACAAGAUCAUCCACACGCAGGAGAAACCCCAUAAAUGUAACCAGUGCGGGAAAGCCUUCAACAGGAGCUCCACGCUCAACACGCACGUCCGGAUCCACGCAGGAUACAAGCCGUUUGUCUGCGAGUUCUGCGGGAAAGGCUUCCACCAGAAAGGAAACUAUAAGAACCACAAGUUGACGCACAGCGGGGAGAAGCAGUACAAGUGCUCCAUCUGCAACAAGGCCUUCCAUCAGAUCUACAACCUGACCUUCCACAUGCACACGCACAACGACAAGAAGCCCUUCACCUGCGCCACGUGUGGCAAGGGCUUCUGCCGCAACUUCGACCUGAAGAAGCACAUCAGGAAGCUGCACGACAACAGCUUCACCGCGGCAUCCGAGGCGUCCAGAGAGCCGCAGAGCUGAGCCGCGGCCC